UUCACUGCAGGUGUGCAGGUCACCACCAACAUUCUCAUCCGUUUCGCACAUACCAAGAUUCGCUGUUUGGGGAGGAUGGUGUCAAUUCUGUCCGUGCUCGUAACGACGCUGACUCUGUGCACGCCGUCAGCCAGCGGGGAAAAGAUCGUGUGUUACUACAAAUCCUGGGCGCAUUACAGGGCAGGCGUUGCGAAAUACACAGUAGACGACGUGCCUGUUGAGCUGUGCACGCACGCCAUCUACGCCUUUGCAGUUCUCGACGCCGAGGCCCUCACCAUCGCCGAGCACGACGCGCACCUGGACACGAGCUCCGGUUUGGACAAUUACCGUCGCUUUAUUGGCCUCCGUGGGCGUAGGCCCGAGGUUAAGUUAUUACUAGCUCUAGGAGGAUGGACCGACUCUCGCAGCGACAAGUACUCCCGGCUGGUGUCGGAGCCGCAGCGUCGCGCCGCCUUCGUCAGCCACGUGGUCUCCUUCCUGCAGGAGUAUGGCUUCGACGGACUGGACUUGGACUGGGAGUACCCGGGGUACCAGAGCUCUCCUCAGGAUAGGGAAGGGUUCCGCCUGUGGGUGGAGGAGCUCCGCGCUGCCUUCUCGCCCCACGGCCUCCUGCUGACGGCGGCCGUGUCCGCGGGGAGGGACGUGAUCGAUCGGGGCUACGACGUCCCCGCCGUGGCGGAGGCGCUGGACCAGAUCCACCUGAUGAGCUACGACUUCCACGGGUCCUGGGAGGGGCGGGUCGCCCACCACGCGCCGCUGUUCCCCGCCCCCGGCCAGGAGAAGGAGCUCUCGGCUGACUUCGCCGUCAGGCACUGGAUCAAGAGGGGCGCGCCUGCGUCCAAGCUGGUCCUGGGCGUCCCCUUCUACGGCCGAUCCUGGACCCUGGCAGGCGCCGACGCCUCGAGCGGAGCGCCGGCUUCUGGCGCCGGGCGCCCUGGACCUCUGCUGAAGAUGUCUGGCGUGAUGUCGUUCUACGAAAUCUGCCUCGCGCGCGUUCGCUUCGGGUGGCCGAAGGUGCAGCACAGGGACGGGCCGCACCUGACGUUGCGUGACCAGUGGGUUGCCUACGAUGAUGUGAACGAGGUCGUGAAGAAGGCACAGUACUCCCGCCGAAUGGGUCUGGCAGGAGUCAUGGUCUGGGAUGCCACGCUGGACGACUUUCGGGGGCUCUGCGGCGCCGGCAGGAACCCGCUCCUCGCCGCCAUCUCCAGGACUCUCACGGGAGGACAAGGGCGGCCGUUUGCGCCGCGCCCGGAGAUGGGCACAACGCCUUCGCCUCCCAGGGAACCAGUUGGAGACUCUUCACAAACCACAAUCAUCACUGCCGCUGCUGCCAUUACAACUGCUGAUCCUCCCGACAGCAUCGUCUUCCCUACAACGCCCCCUGGUCUCCCUGAAACGGCCAGCGUCUCGCAGACAGAACAGAACCAAGUCAGUAUUAACAUUACUGAAUGUAGGGCGGCGGGUUACACGCGUGACCCUCAAAGCUGCUUCCACUUCUACCGCUGCGACCACACGAGAGCUUUUCGAUUCAGCUGUCCCGACGGGCUGCACUGGUACCAAGAACUGCUGCUCUGCAACUGGCCCUCGCCAGGCUCCUGUGAGGUCUCUGUGGCAUCCUUCAUACGCUCGAGGUUCAUCUUGCCUGAAGACGAGGGCGACAUGAUCGUUGAUGAAGCCACAGGAAGUCUUGGCUACUUUAGUCAUUUCAUUUAGGGCUACAUAUAAUUGCUUAUUAGAGUACAUAGAGCCCUGUAUCCAUAUUCCUUUAUCAUAUAUUUCAAAAAGAAGAAUACAUGUAUACUUCACAUGCGUGUCUAUACCAAGCCAACCACGAUCUACAUAUGCGAGCACAAACGCAGAAGAGCCACAAGAAAGGAUGAUAUAUAUGCUGUUAUUUAUUAUCAUUUUUAUCAUCUUAAUUAAUAAAACGCCGUUUUAUUUUUCUCACAAAUACAAACAAUUUCGUACACACAUAAACAUACAAACAAACACAUACAUAUAGACACACACA